CACGACUGCUAAUUAUCUCUGUAGCUGCUCCUGCUGUAGUUGCUUUUUCGUUGCUGCUCCUUUAUUGUCGUUGCUCCUUCUUGCUACCCUCGCACCUUCUCCUUCCUUCACUACUACGCGAUGGUUUCUUCCUUGGCACUAAUCAACUGCAUCUUCUGUUCUUUGGCGCACGUGGCUCUCAAGCAACAGAUUUUCCCAAUCCUCCGCAGCAAAUCUGGUGUAAGUAUGCUUGCUUCAUCGCUCCGCUCCUCCGCUUCGCAAUUAAGUGACGAGAAUGGGCUUGGGAAGACUUUCGGUGGCUCAGCAUAUCGCUCCAUCUACCGAGAGCCCUGGGGUCUGCUGAUACUGGACUGAACGAGAACAAAAAGCGCAAUGCUGGCGUGAGAGGGAAGCGCGAGCCUGCAGAGGCCGGCCCCCUAGCC